AUGGAUCCCGUCAGCGCAGUCUCCAUCGCGACGUCUGUUGUCACAUUCAUUGACUUCACUGUCAAAGUUGUACUCCUUGGCCACGAAAUUCACGAGGAAGGUACCACCAUCGGCGUGUCAGGGAUCGAGCAUCGAGCGCAGGAACUCAAAUCUUGGGUCAAUGGCUUGCGUGCACCAAUCAGCGGCCGUAAGGACUCACUCAAGGAUGAAUAUGAGGCACUGGACCGCAUUAUCGCAGGUUGCUCUGGAGUUGGAACGCAAAUCAUCAAAUAUCUGGAGGACCUUAUCCCAAAAGCGAACAAACGAUCUGCAUGGAAAAGUUUCCACAUUGCGCUUCGGACUAUCCUGAAGAAAGAGGAAAUCGAAGGGCUUGUCAGAAGGCUUGAAGGUUAUCAACAGGACCUCUCGUUACGCCUCCUUGCCCUGCUCAACGCGAAGACGGAUGUACACUCGUCAGAAGUAACUCAGCGCCUUGACAGUCUCGAGACGGCGAGUAAGCGCAUCGUGCAGAUCUUGACAUUCACGCAAAGUUCUUCCGGAUAUUCUGCGUCACCUCGUGACACAAAAAAUUCCGAGGCUAAGAGCGAAGAUACCAGAAGAGAGACAGUGCUCCGCGUUAUUCUGGGGCUUGAAGAUGGCACCACCCGUUCCGUUGCCGACCAAAACUUCGCACUUGCCGGCCAAGAAGACCCGGCUCCUAGCAACUCGAUUGAGCGUGUGAUCACAUUCAGAGAUCGAUCCAACACACAAGUCUUGGAAACGGUCUCCAACGAGCGAUUCUCCCCGCUUGCGACCAAAGUUCUGGCCGCGCUACAUUACCGUGGGCUGCAAAGCAGAUUCAGCGAUACAGCGAUAGCCCAUCAUGACACGUACGAGUGGAUCUUCAAAGCGCCCAAGCAGGACCGUCGUUGGUCAGAUUUUGCGGAGUGGCUCGGUAGUGAGAACAGCCUAUACUGGAUCUCGGGAAAGCCUGGGAGCGGGAAGUCUACGUUGAUGAAGUACAUCUGCUCACAUCCUCAAACGAUUCAGCUCCUUGAUUCGUGGGGGGCUGGCCUUCCGUUGCUGCAGGCCCGGUUCUUCUUCUGGGCGGCUGGACACACCCUGCAAUCAUCGCAAGAAGGCUUAAUGCGAGGCCUGCUGCACACGCUUCUUGCGCAAUGUCCACGGCUCAUACCGUCCGUAUUUCCCGAAAUCUGCAUGGAUAUUGUUGCCGGACGUGAGCUGGAUCUUUCCUGGACGUCUUCAGAGCUUAUAGAAGCUCUUCGUCUGCUUGUCGAAAACUCCAAAGGCCUCAGAAUCUGCCUCUUUAUCGAUGGAUUGGACGAGUACUCCGGAGAUCUCCGUGAGCUUGUCCGUAUUAUCAAAACACUGUCUUCCUACGAUAAUGUGAAGCUGGUGCUGUCUAGCCGACCCCUGAUGGAGUUCGUUGACGCCUUCCACAACAUGCCUCAGCUUCGGCUACAAGACUUGACGUAUCAAGACAUGAUGAACUUUGUUUCUGAUAGGCUAAACCAGUCUCGAGGCUUAAGAGAAAUGGAAGAAUUGGAUCCAGAACUCCGCUCAACCCUGAUACGAGACCUGUGUGAAAGAUCGGACGGCGUUUUUCUCUGGGUGGUGUUAGCUCUUCGUUCGAUUUUGAAAGGACUACAAAAUGGUGAGACGGCAUCUACGUUGCAACGCAAACUCGAUGCCCUCCCCCGGGAACUUUGGGAGAUGUACAAGCUCAUUUUCAAAUCGCUAGAUCCAGCGACUCAAACGAGUACGGCUCGAAUGAUCCUGAUAAUGCUGAGAAGCAAAGAAGUACCAAGUUCCGAGCCAAUGAGCCUUCUUCAACUAGCUCUAGCCGAUAACGAAGACAUGACUGCUGAAAAGGCUAUUACCGAGGAAAUGCGGAUUAUGCCGUCAAACAAGCGACGAUCGCUAUGCUUAUGGAUGAAGAGAAGAAUCGAUGGCCAUACAAAUGGCUUACUUGAAGUCACAGGCCAAGAUAACAUUGCUGAACGAGGCUCAUCUUCCAUGGACGCGUGGGUCGAGUUCUUCCACAAAACUGCGAUCGACUUCUUCCGCUCUGAUGAAAUAUGGGACUUACUGAGGGCGCAAGCUGGGCCUGACUUCAACAUCGACCUUACUCUACUCGUUGCAUGUCUUCUCGAAAUGAAAGCACUGCCUUCGGAAAGAGCGGUUGUGGCGGACGCCGACCGUUCUGUUGCGAACUUGCGGCAAGGACUCAAGUUUGCCAGCUUCUUAGAAGGACAUAGCCUUCGUCCUUAUACGGCGUUGUUAGACGAUAUGGAAAAGACCAUGAGGCUUCACUGGGCGAAGGCAACGAUGUACAAAAGGCGAGCGUUAGACGACGAGUGGACCGCAACCAGAGAUAUGACUUUCGAACGAUUCGCCGGGCAACAGGCCAACAUAAGGAGAUACGAGCGUCAUUAUACCCACCAGCAUCCUUCCUUCUGGAUUCUUGCCAUGGAAUAUGGAUGUUUUCUCUAUGUUGCCGAUAAAGCCUCGUGGGAAGAAUCCGUCACAGCCCAACAACGAACUUCGCUGACCUGUACACUCCUGCGGUACUACAUGGCAGGGGAACUCAUGCUGGACCGCCCAUCGCGUACGAAAGCAGUUACUGCGAUUCUCCAAGUUCUUGCUGCGGAUGCCGAAGCUCUCACACGCAUGGAUGUAUACCGUUGCUGGGACACAUUCGCCAUGGACUUGUUCACAGCUGGGAAAGAUUUAGCGUACCGAUCCGAGAACGCGAACAACACGAUGGAUCUAUGUCUUGCAUUCCUCAAUGAUCGCGAACUCCGAGAACAUCCUGAUAGGGAUAUAUUGGGUGUGCGAUCCUUGCUCGAAGAUUUCCAAUCUAGAGUCAUAGCCGCAAAUCCACCAGGCGCAAAGAGCGAUAGCACCCAGCAAGAUUUAGACGAGUUCAACACCAAGUACGACAAGGCUCAGACUAUCCUCGCAACGGAAUGGAAAGAGGAGAGCAACGAGGCUCAGAAGAAGGAAACCAGCGAAGGUCGGAACUGGCCUGUGUUCGUGGUCGUUCUCCUGAUGAUACUCUUGUCGUUGCUUCUCCUAAGUUACAACCUAUCAUUCGGUCCGCUCGGUGGCCCAGAUACGAUACGAGACCUCUAG